AGUGCUAACAGCACGCUUAACUUCCUCCCCAAACUUUUAAUUUAGUACACCGAUUGAAAGGAAUUAAAACUUUUAAUUAAUAUUUUGUCUAUUCGUCAUACACAGGUUUUUACUUAUAAAUUAAGAAGAAAAUACGUUGGAGGAGGAGUAUUAUAAGAGAAAAAUGGUCGUUUGAAACAGCUGUCUUCACUUAUGUCUGCUACCCCCUUCGACGUUAAUGAAAUGGUCUGUAGAGGUAUAAAUUCAUGCAGUGAAAACACUAUCAAGCUUUAACUACUUAACACAAAUAUAAAAUUCCGAGAUGCCAUGCGAAGAUGAUUUAUAUGCCGUUAAUCGAUUUGUAUCAUCCAGUUUUAAAUGGUUGGGCUUAAAAAUUGGACGGCAUCCAUUAUACUUCAUAAUCAUUCCUUCACUUUUCACCGCAUUGAUGUGUUUGGGAAUCCUAAGAUUAAAGGUGUUUGAUGAUACUGAAUAUUUAUUUCUUCCACUUGACGGUAAAACCGUAAAAGUCAGAUCGGAAAUAGAAAGAUUAUUUCCAGAAAAUGUCACUGAUUUUGAUGUUUCGCACAUAACGAGAUACCGAGGUAGUGGCGUUAUUAUAGUCACACCCAAAUAUGGAGAAUCUAUGCUAAACCAAUCGAUUUUUGAGGAAUUGACGACGUUAAAUGAAAUAAUUUUCAAUAUAUCUGUUGAAUGGAAAGGAAAAACUCUGACAUACUUAGAUAUAUGUAGAAAAUACAAAGGAAAGUGCAUUAAAAAUGAUAUUUUGUCGCUAAAAGAUAAAAUAGAAAAAAUUAAAAGUAAAAAGUUUAAAAUCAGAUAUCCCAUAGAAAGGAAUUCGUCCAAUAUUGUCAGGCAUAGUUUAAAUUUGGGUGGAGUAUCUACGGAUGAAAACCAAUUUGUAACAGAUUUCAAAGCAGUUCGUUUAAUUUAUUUUGUAAAUUAUAACAAUUCUACUAAUCGAGAAAUUUCCAAACUGUGGGAAGAGAAAUUUCUGAAAAUUGAAUCUCAUUUUACUUUCAAAUAUAUUAAUGUAAUUAAAAUGACCGGAUUAAGUAUCAACAUAGAAACGAAUUAUUUCAUUGAAAACAUUAUAAUUCAUAUUAUCAUCAGCGGAAUCAUAACAACAAUAUUUGUGAUGGUUUCGUGUUUAUCAACGGAUUGGGCAACGAGUAAACCUCUAGUCGGUGUCUGCGGAUGCACCUCUUCUUUGUUUGGAGUUAUAUCAGCCUUUGGUAUUUUACUCAUUUGUGGAAUGAAGUUUAUCGAAAUAAAUAGUCUUAUUCCUUUUAUUGUUUUAGGUAUCGGAUUAGAUGACUCGUUUGUUUUAUUAGCAGCGUGGAGAAGGACUGAUUAUAAAGAUCCAGUAGAGAAAAGACUAAGUUUAGCAUAUUCUGAAGCAGCAGUGUCUAUCACUAUAACGUCAUUAACUAAUAUAAUCUGUUCGUUGAUUGGAUUAACUACUAAUUAUAAAGUAAUUCAGAUUAUGAGUACUUACAUGGCCUUAAGCAUGUUAAUGGAUUAUAUCUUUCAAGUAACGUUUUUUGGUGGAUGCCUUGCAAUUAGUGGUUAUGCCGAAGCUAAAAUUCGACAAUCAGUGUCUUAUUCUCCUGUUAGAUGGAAUAAAAAUUCAGGCUUUCAAGCACUCAUGACGUGUAGUUUUCUUCCGGAAAAGUUCAGAGAAAACAGAACCACGACAAGUUUCUAUAAAGAAAAAUUAGGUAGAAUUAUUUCAUUACCAAUAGUAAAAUUUGCCAUCAUCUGCAUCUUUCUUGCGUAUCUUAGUGGCGCUAUUUAUUCUUUAAAACAUGUACGCACUUCUACCGACUUGAAGAUUUAUUUCUGCAAGAACUCUUACAUGAUUGACUACUUACAGGGCGACGUUAAAUAUUUUUCAAAUUAUCGCGAUAGAAUUCAAUUAUUGAUUAACAGACCAUUAGAUUAUUCAAACCCCGAAGUUCAAGAUAAGAUCGAAAAAUUUAUGAUUCAACUAGAAAAUUCUCCUUACAUGGCUGGAUUAAAUUUCACUAAUUCAUGGUUAAGAUCAUAUUUGAAAUUUAUACAAAACCCGCAUUCAUGGAUAUCUUUUCAUGGUUAUAAUUUGAGUAAUCCUGAAGAUUUUGUGGAUGCUUUGUCUAACGUAUUUUUAAAAAUUAAACAAUUUCAAGCUUUAAGAAAGAAUAUUGUCUUCGGUGCAAAUGGCAAAAAGAUAUUGGCUUCCAGGUUUUUUGUUCAAACGGGUCUACUCGACAGUGUAAGUGCUGAAAAUACAAUGUUUUCUAACAUGUGGAAAUUAACAGAAUCAUCCGAUCUACCCAUUCAGGGUUUUAAUUAUCGAUAUGUUUACUACGAUCAGAUUUUUACGUCGAUUCCUGUUGUAAUUCAAGCAAUAUCUAUUAGUUCUUGUUUAAUUAUUCUAGUGUUUCUAAUUUUCAUUCCCAGCUUAUUUUGUGCAAUAUGUAUUGGUUUCACAAUCGCUUCAAUCGAAGUCAUUGUUAUGGGUUACAUGACAUUGUGGGGAAUAAGUGUAAAUCAAGUAUCUAUGAUAUUGUUAAUAGUUAUAACGGGAUUUUGUACGGAUUAUUCGGCUCACAUAUCGUAUGCGUAUGUAAACAGCAAGAAAAACACUUCGGAUGAGAAAAUUAAGGAUGCUCUACACGCUGCUGGUCACGCUAUCGUACAAGGAUGUCUGUCGACAAUUAUAGGAGUUGCAUUACUGGUAACUGCUCCCUAUGAGUUUUUUGUAAGCGUAUUUAAGAUAUUUUUUAUUGUAAUAACCUCUGCGAUAUUUUACGGUUUAUUUAUUUUACCAGUUUUAUUGUCUUUGUGGGAUGAUUUUCGGUUGUAUUUCAAAUCGUCAAUAAAAAAUUAUUUUAAAUAAUUUA